UGCGUUUCAUAACGGCGACGGGUGCGGGACGUGUGCCCGUCGAGGCCGCUGCCGACCGGACUUCGGGAUAGUGUGUGCUCCGACAACGCGUACGACCGGUCCGCGAGAGCCGAACAAAAUGUCAUAUCAUAAUAAUACACCAAUUGGCCAGCCGCGAGGUGUCAUUAUGGUGCUGAACUUCAUACUCGUGUACUUUGUCAUCGCCACCGUCUCGUCUGAUCGUCUGUUGGACCUGACCGCGUCCAAGAUCGAGAUGACACCAAACAACACGAUCCAAUACUUGCAAUUUGAAGAUUUAUCAUUCAAUCUUACGGAGUUUACGAUCUGCACGUGGAUAAAAAUGUUGAAUUUCACACACACGCAAACCAUAAUCCGUCUAACAGGAAACAAAAAAGAGUCGUUGGUGUUGUGGCGGAUGCACGUUCAUCCUAAAGAAACUAUGAGAGUGACGAUCAAAAACCGUCUGGUGGCCUCGGAGAGUAUGCAACUGACCAGAGGACAGUGGCACCACGUGUGCUUCCAGUGGAAGGGUUCGACUGGUGUCUGGGCGACGUUCGUCAACGCCAAAAUACAUUCGGUCGGACAAAUGCCUGAGGUCGGCAAUAACACGAUGUCAUCAAAAGCGUGGAAUCUACAGGGAAGUGGCACCGGAAUAGUGGGCGACGACAGCGUGCCCUGCCGGAACGGUUGGCAAGCGUAUGGACUGUACUUGAGUGGGCCGAUGGCGACAACUGUGGACGCGGCCAAUGCAGUCGGCAAGCCGUCGACGAACGCGUCCACCACUUCAGGAAGGACAAAGAAUAACAGCAAACGGCAAGCGGUGUUCGACUCGGACUUGGACGAACCGGCGUCUGGCGGCGCCGGGCAGUCCAAAUCGUUUCAGUGGCUCACCAAGUCAUUCGCAUUCAUGAAACGCAUGUUCACGUUCGUCAUCAUACCGUUCUUCAAGUUCGUCCGGAACACGUUCUUCCAGACCCGUUCGUUGGACGAUACAGUGGUGGACGUGAGCGAGACGCACCUGACGGUCAGCGACGUCAAGUUUGAGCCACCGUCGUCAGUGGCCACGGCCACGGUUGCGGCCAACGAGUCGAACUCAGAUGACGACAGUGACAAUAAAGUCAACCGGCGAUCGUCGUCGUCGUCCAAGCGGGAAACGGACGAUGACAGCCGUUGUGGUCGCACGCGGACCAACGACGAUCGUGUGACGGCGGCCGACCUAGUAGCCGCAGGGUCGGCACCGACGGUGGCCGUUGACGACGCGCUUUCGCCAAACGCCAAGAGGUAUUUGCGGAUGGUCAGCGACGGCCUAAACGACGUGGGCGUAAACGCGGCGUUCGUCAAGCGGGCGUUCGCUUGUUGUAGCCGUGGGCCAUUUGAUCCACGGGCCGACGUCGCGGUCAUCGACUGGGACCGAACCCGGGCCCACACGCACGACGUGACCGCGUCGCCACACGUCUGCGGGCGGUAUUGACCGCCUGCAGCUCGCGCCUCUUCGUUUUCCCACCCCACCCGUAUUUUUUCACCCCUUUUUAUCGUCCCAAUGACGCGCCACGUUUGGUUAUUAUUAUUAUUUUUAUUAUUAUUGGAUAUACGUCCCAGACUCUUUGAUCGUAUACGUAUAUAACGAGUCCUAAAAUGUGAUCGUUUUAAACAAACAUCCCCCCCCCACACAAAAUCAUGUUAGGGUAGGAAGGUUGGUUUAUGGCUAAUCGAUAGGAUUUGCGAAGGUAUUUUAUUAUUAUAGCAAAAAUAAACUACAGAUUUCCCCACUCAGAAGUCCACAAGAUAUUCCACAUAUUAACGUUUCGUACAAGGGUUAUUCGAUAUGUUUACCAUUCAUAUAUGGUAUAAUAUGAACAUGCAAGCUAUAUUCUAAGGUCGAGUUACUUUUCUUUUUAAUUGAUACUCUCUAUUUUUUAUAUACCUAUAUAGUAUAUACAUAAAAAUACGUUCUUUUGGAAGGAUAAGCGACAAUAUGUAUAGAUAAUGUAUUCUUAUACUCAAUUCCAUAACCAGACUUUCGAUCCAACGUUACGUCGUACGUCUAUCAAGAAGAGUUAGUGAACGUACAAUGUAUCAUCUCGUGUAGGACGUAGGUACUAGUACGACUUAUAUAAUGCAUAUGUUAUAAUAAAAAAAUAUUUUAUUAGAAAGUAUUUAUAAAUAUUAUUAUUUUAAAUUUGUAAUCGUUUUUUAAUAUAAGCACUUAUUAUUUAUAUAAAUUUAAUUUUGAAUACUUUUAAAAAAGUUUAUAUUAUAUUACAAGACUGUCGGAUCUAGGAUAAACCAAUGAAUAGUACUUAACGAAAAACAUAAUAAUAACGUGUUUAUCUAUACUCACAAAUAAACACGUAUACAUAAUAUAGUCUUAUAAUAGUAUAAUAAUAUAGUCCUAUGGCUACCUCUAAAUCUCAAUAUUAUCACAUUUUUACUAUACCAUAUUUUAUAGUAUUUAGUAUAAUAUUAUAGCUUAAAAACAAAACAGAACCUACUAAUUAAAACUGCGAUAUUAUAUUAUAAAAAAGUGCACAAAAAUUAAUAAAAAAAAAAUGUUCAAAACUUUAAACUCCUCCCUAUCGAUCGGUACCCAUCAUGAUGAUAUUGUCGCCGUCGUGCGUAAAAUAGGAUCAACACGUUAUUGUAUGUAUUUGUGAACCUUAAAAUAAUUGUAAACGAGAAGAUAUACAUACCUAUAUAAUAUAAGUAUAUACAUGUAUAAUAUACCUAUAACGUACCCGCGGUCUUCGGCUUUUAAACACAAUUUUAUUCAUUUACUAGCAAACAGGUUUACGAUCAAGUAAAAUGUUAACACUAAAUCAAAUAUAAAAUAUAUACCAAAAUUGUAUAAACGAUGUCAUAAACUUAUCGUAAACAUUUCGUCGGUUUAUCGUGCGUUAUAACUUCAGUAUAUGUGCGUGCAAAAAACCUAACAAAUAGAUAUAUAACACUAUAACUGUAUCAUCGGAUCUUGCGAAAUACGCCCGCCAUAAUAUGUUUGAUAAUACAAUUCAUUUUAAGUAUUAUGCUAUUUUCGUACCCCACAAAAUUCAGUAUAAAUAUUAUAGCAUUUGAAACAGUGGAAAAAAAUAUAUUUUUUAGGUACCUACAUUAUAUAAUUUUACUGAAACACCGUACUGAACACAUACCACGUAUUUAUUAUUUUAUUCAUGAGUUGAGGCGGUAAAAAUAAUAAUUUGUUUGGACAAUUAUUUGUUAUUCAAGUUCACGCGCUAUCACAGCAAUAAUAAUAAUAAUAAUAAUAUAAUAUGCGUUUGUGAGUUGUUAUCGUUAUAUGAUUAUAUUUUACAUUUUCACCGUUAAACUUCGUCAUUGUUCGCAGAUGUUUAUAUUAUGUUAUUAUGUUAAUCGCGUUAUUUGUCGAUAUCACUACUCGGCCGUCCACCGAUGUUUUGUUUGUACGUUUUUUUAUUUUUUAGAUACGAUCACUCGUAGACUAUUUUAUUACAUAUAUAUGCCUUUUGUAACAAACGAUUUGUUUAGUAUAUAAUAUAACUAUAUAAGUAUGUACAGUAAUAUAAUAUACAUAUAUGAUAAUAAAUUGUACAGCUCCGUUAUCGAAAUACUCUGCUCUUUUAUGUU